UGGCCCGGGGAAGCGCUGCCGCCGCCGCCGCCACUAAACAAACCCGAGAGCGGUACUGGGGGGGAGGAGGGGCCCUGCCGCCGAGGAGCCUUUCGAUGUGCCAGGCACGGCCGGGCAGCGAGGCUGAGGUCUGUGGGAGCACAGACAGGAGGCAGAGAUGCCUGUGGUGUGGCCAACUCUUCUGGAUCUCAGCAGAGAUGAAUGCAAGAGGAUCCUUCGCAAACUGGAACUGGAGGCAUAUGCAGGUGUCAUCAGUGCCUUACGUGCACAGGGAGACCUUACGAAAGAGAAGAAGGAUCUUCUUGGAGAACUCUCUAAAGUGCUUAGUAUUUCCACGGAGCGGCACCGCGCCGAAGUUCGCAGAGCAGUGAAUGAUGAACGGCUAACGACCAUCGCACACAACAUGUCUGGACCAAACAGCUCUUCGGAAUGGUCUAUAGAAGGUCGUCGCCUGGUGCCGCUGAUGCCCCGGCUCGUUCCGCAGACGGCUUUUACCGUCACCGCCAACGCUGUUGCCAAUGCAGCUGUUCAGCACAACGCCUCUCUUCCAGUUCCUGCAGAAACUGGGAACAAAGAAGUGGUGGUUUGCUAUUCCUACACAAGUACCACUUCAACCCCAACAUCUACCCCUGUUCCAAGUGGCAGUGUAGCAACAGUGAAGUCCCCCAGACCUGCCAGUCCAGCCUCCAAUGUAGUCGUCUUGCCAAGUGGAAGUACUGUUUACGUCAAAAGUAAGUGA